UGGCACUGCCCCUCUGCCCCACCCACCACAGCAUGCGGAAGACCGAAAUCACCAGCCAGGUCCUUGCAGCGGAUCAUCGGAGGAUUCAUGGAUGCCAAGAAUAGCUUUCCAUGGCAAGGCAAGCUACAGCUCCAGCACAAUUGCAUUGUCGGUGCCACGCUGAUCAGUGACCAGUGGCUCUUGCCCACGGACAUUACACCCACCCUGCGGCUUUUCUUGGGUGAUGGACAGGCCACUGGUCCCGUGGAGCGCAUCAUCCUGCACCCUGGCUUCCCAGAGGAGGAGGACCUGGUGCUCUUGCGUCUUCAGCACAAGGUUUCCCAUGGCGCUGUGAUGCCUAUCUGCCUCUCCCAGAGGAACUAUGUCCACCCAGGACGUGUGGGCUUUAUAUCUGACCCUAAUGUCUUAUAUACCCAUCCAGAGCACCUGCGGUUCAUGCAACUGCCAGUGGCGGACACAGGCAACUGCAGUGUAUGCUGUGCUCCCUGCAGCACUCAUUAUGUUAAGCCACUGCUCAGCAACUGCCGCGUGGGCAUGAGCGAGCUGCGGGAAGAUACUUGCUAUGGUGAUGUAGGUGGGGCUUUUGUGGUGCAGGAUCCCAGUGAGGACAUCUGGUAUGCUGCUGGCAUUCUCAGUCACGACAAGACCUGUACUACUUCCCUGUAGGGAGUCCAUGUGGAUUUGGUAAAAUUAGUGCAAUGUAUCAGAGGGAUCAUAAAUUGGUACUGAGCCAACCCAGUUCAUUUCCCUUUAUUGGCUCUUCUGUCUCAGGUCUGCACUCUGGGCUAAAUGACCAAGGCAAUUGCAGUGAACUACCUACCGUGUCUGUCAAGCCAAAAUCAUGCUCUCUUUUUGUCAUCUGGUCUUAACAUGCAUUGUCAACCCAUUAAAAGUCUGUUCUCCUAGUGA